GGAUGAACUUUACUCCACGUUUUCAAUGAUUCGAAAUCUGAGCAAGAUGUACCCGGGGGUCCGCCAACAGGUCCCGCUCCAACCAGGGCAGCCGGGAAAGUUCACCAUCACCGAGUCCUGCGACCGGAUCAAGGAGGAGUUCAAGGUUCUGCAAACCCAGUAUCACAGUGUGAAGUUGGAGUGUGAAAAACUGACCAAUGAGAAAACAGAAAUGCAGAGACACUAUGUCAUGUAUCACGAGAUGUCGUGUGGACUCAACAUCGAGAUGCACAAGCAGGCGGAAAUUGUCAAACGGUUGAACGCAAUCUGUGCCCAAGUCAUUCCUUUCCUUUCACAACAGCACCAGCAGCAGGUGGUGCAGGCGGUGGAGAGGGCCAAGCAGGUCACCAUGACUGAACUGAAUGUGGUCCUAGGACAGCAACAGCUCCAGGCCCAGCACCUCACCCAUGGCUACGUCAUUCCCGUCCCGGUCACGCCUCACUCAGCUGGCCUGCAGCCCCCUCUUCCCCCAGGAGCCAGUACUGCCAGCCUGUUAACUGUGUCCUCCUUUAGUCAGCAGCUGCCACCCAAGGAGGCCAGUAAACACCAGGAUAACAGCAGUGAUCACCCGAAAGGCAAAGGCUCGGUCAAGAGCUCAUCUCUGUCACCAUCUACUAGUAUCCGAUCCGGGGGGAAACAGCGCAGUUUGAGCAAAUUCCCGUCCGACUGCAAGAAACCAAAGAAAGAUAACAAGGAUGUUCCUGCAACACGUUACGAAAGUGAUCAAGAGAAGAGCGAUGAUAACCUGGUGAUUGAUGUCUCCAAUGAGGAUCCUGCAUCCCCUGCCUCCUCCUUGCGGGAUAGCGGACUGGACAAAAAUCACCCCUUGAAGAAGGACGCUCCUCUGACUCCAUCCUCAGUUGCCUCCUCCAGCAGCACACCAUCAUCCAAGUCCAAAGAGAUCAAUCUGAUCGAACAGUCCACCACACCUGUGUCCAAGGCCAGCUCUCCCACCUCCCGCUCUGAUGCUCCUAAGCCCAGCAGUACCGUCACCCCGGCCCUAAGGUCUGCACCUGGUAAACCCAAGGGUGCAGAGGCACCGGGUAAGUGUUUCGUUCCUGCUCUCCAUACCCCAGUGGCUGUGUCCUGCUCAUACACUGUACCUUUUGGUAUGGUUCCUCACCCGAGUUUGAGCGGAGAGCUGAGCCUUGCUGGCGCAGCCUACUCUGGCCUGCAUAACCUUUCUCCACAGAUGUGCAUGGUGGCAGCGUACGGACGCACGCAAAUGAUGGGAUUUGAUCCUCACCCCCACAUACGCGUUCCCGGCCACCCUGUGAACCUGCCGGGAAUAUCUGCUGGAAAACCGGCCUACUCCUUUCACGUGAGUGCCGACGGACAGAUGCAGCCCGUGCCUUUUCCUCCAGACAGUCUGGUCGGUCCCGGCAUCCCACGCCACCUGCGACAGAUCAGUACCCUAAGCCACGGUGACGUAGUGUGCGCGGUCACCAUUAGUAACCCCACACAUCACGUCUACACUGGAGGCAAAGGUUGCGUCAAGGUGUGGGAUAUCAGUCAUCCUGGCAACGACACACCUGUCUCUCAGCUGGACUGUCUGAACAGUGACAACUACAUCCGCUCCUGUCGACUGCUCCCUGACGGGCGCACUCUCAUCGUGGGAGGGGAGGCGAGCACCUUGUCAAUCUGGGAUUUGUCCUCGCCAACUGCACGGGUUAAGGCAGAGCUGACAUCAUCAGCACCCGCGUGUUAUGCAUUGGCCAUCAGUCCUGACUCAAAGGUCUGCUUCUCCUGCUGCUCCGACGGAAACAUCUCCGUCUGGGAUCUGCACAACCAGACUCUGGUCAGGCAGUUCCAGGGCCACACCGACGGGGCCAGUUGUAUUGACAUUUCCAAUGAUGGCACCAAGCUGUGGACCGGAGGCCUGGACAGCACCGUCCGAUCUUGGGACCUCAGAGAGGGACGACAGCUGCAGCAACAUGACUUUACCUCCCAGAUCUUCUCUCUGGGACACUGUCCAACAGGUGAAUGGUUGGCAGUGGGAAUGGAGAACAGCAAGGUGGAGGUCCUGCACGUCACCAAACCUGACAAGUACCAGCUGCAGCUGCACGAAAGCUGCGUGCUCUCACUCCGUUUUGCCCACUGUGGGAAGUGGUUCGUGAGCACAGGAAAAGACAAUCUGCUCAACGCGUGGAGGACACCGUAUGGAGCCAAUAUUUUCCAGUCUAAGGAGUCGUCGUCAGUGCUGAGCUGCGACAUCUCCACAGACGACAAGUACGUUGUCACAGGGUCGGGGGAUAAGAAGGCGACGGUCUAUGAAAUCAUUUACUGAGUUAUCGUGAAGAAUUAGCACAGUGGUUGAGGGGUGUACGCUUGUGUACAAUGGAGUUUGACAUUUGGACCAUGACCUUUUGACCUACUGGCUAAAAAAACAAAGAACAAACAGAUCCAGAGACUUGAAUUGAUCGGCAGGUAAGCACAUGACUUGACUUGACGGGACUUUUUGAUCCUCAGAUGUUAUUUGUGUUUUUCCCCUUCUUUUUCAACAUUAUUCAAAAGAAUGUAGACCAGGCACAGGCAAACUAGGGCUCGCGGGCCAGAUCCGUCCCAUUUUGCCUUUCAAUCCGCCCUGCUAAACCCACCAUUUAUGUUAUUAAUUUAUAAAUGCAAUGCCUGUAUUUCCCCAAUAGAUGGCAUCAUGUAGAAUUUUAGUCUUCUACUCCUCAAGAUCGUUUGCCUACGCCUGAUGUAGAACCUUUAUAAUCAGAAUUAUUUAUUAUUAUAUUUUUGAUUUUAUUAUAUAAGUCUACAGGCACCACUUGUCUCCCCCUGCUGACGGUCUUAUACAAAAUUUAAGAUGAAUUAUCAACUGGCGAUCGUCAUAAAUUGUUCAUUAAUAGUUUAUUUAUUUGAAUGUGUUUGUGUGUGUGUAUGUGUGUGUGUGUUUUUUUUCCUGGUACGGCCAAAUUUGUGGGGACAUUUUUUGGGGGUCCUCAAUGAGUAAAAGGGUAUUUUGAAAUUCAAGAUUAAAUUUGGAACUUGCCUUUAUUUGUCAAAGUUAAGGGUGGGGCGAGGAGCCACAAUUCUAACAAAAACCAGUAUGUGUGUGCGUGAAACAUCAAAUUAGAUUAAAGCUAAUCACUGGAUUAUUUUAUCACAGAUUUAAGAUAUUGAAGUUUCACCAAAGUAUUUUACAGACUACUGCAGUAACUAGGAAAAAAUAUAAAGUAUUACUGGUUGUCAUACCGAGAUUACCUUAUUGGGUUUUUACCACUUGUUAGAGAUUUUAGUGGACGAUGUUCAAGAGAACUGACCAUUCACAGACAGAAGUACAGACAGGAGUUUAGUGACGUGGACCGGCGUUCACUUAGUCGUCAGCUUUUAGAAACAUCACAGUGCCUUUAUACUGCUGCACAUUCAUCUGCAUUUUGUCCUUUUAAAAAUGUUCAACCAAUGAAAAAAAAGCAACAACAAAAAAAGCUGUGACAUACGACUCUUGUUGCUAGGUAACAGUAUUAUUUAUUUGUUGGGUUUACACCACUUCUCUGCUGUUCUUUUUCUGUCGUUGUUUCAACUGUGAUGCUAACCUAAGCCAGAUAUACAGCUCCAGUCCAUGUUUUUAUGUAAACCUGCUGUCAAAUGUGAGUUUCUCCCACCAAUGUCAUACAUGUUCAAAUAUGACGACCACGAAAAUGUAAAAAUCAAAAUUGUAGAAUGACUUAUAUUUGGUUUCUAUGUGAAAUACAUUUUAUUACUACAGUAAUUUACCGCAUUUUGGAGAUAUUCCCCAAAACUAUUUUCUAUUGUAUUAUCACUUACAGUAGGGAUGUCCGUUAAUAUCGGCCGGCCGAUAUUAUCAGCCCGAUGUUCGCAUAAGUAUGUAAUAUCUGUUGGAAUCGUUAUCGGUUUUUCCCUCCGAUAAUGAAAACCCAAUUACGCAAUGGCAGCAGAUGUGUGACCUAAAAAAGGGGGAAAUGCCCGUAUAUGAAAGUGUAGGACACAAGAUGGCAGCAUUGCAGCUCAUUUAAUUCAUCAGUCAUAACAAUCAGGUGAUUGUAUGCAGAAUGCUGGUGCAACUCAUACAGUUUUUUCUAUAGAUAAAUAAAUAAAUAUUACCAGGCCUAUAUUGGUAGAUAUUGAAAUCCGGAAUUAAGUGUUUGGACAAUAUUGGUUCAAAAAGUUCAUAUCGGGCAUCCGUAAUUUACAGUCAUUGUCCCAAAAUAAAUGUUUCUUAAAUUUUCUUACAUUUUUCUAACUGUAUCUAAAAACAAUUGAGUAUUCAUACUUAAAAUGUUGAAUUUAUAAAUUAUAAAAAUAAACACUUAUCUGACCCAGCGUUCAUGAAGUAUCUUACUAAUUAUCUUGUAAAAAAUGUAAAAAGACAUUUUAUACUGUCACAGUUUAAAGAAAUUAAAUUUAAAAAAAACAAAUAAAAUAAAUAAAAAAAAACUCACGUAUUUGCUACAGCAAGAGAUAUUUUGCUAUUCUCUCCCCAGCACUUUCAAGUAAAAAUAUUUAUUGUUACAUUUUGACCUUUUACUUUCCCUGACCGCUGACAGUUCUGUCUUUGCCGCUACGCUUUCAAAAUAAAAGCACGAUUCAUUCACUGCCGUCGAGGUUUUCUCAGCUGUGGCUUUCUAUCCUCGGCUGAAGCCAUCUUUGUGUAAUGUAUGUAAUACUCUGAAGUACCUAUCUCUGUUAAUCAUCAGAAAAUUUAGUCGUACUUUGGUUGUUGCUUACUUCAUCAAACAGCUUGUUGAAAAGGUGAUUUGUGGUUCCUUUAAUAAAUUAUAGU